CACUCUGCCACGUUGCCAUCACUCUUCGGCCAUGAAGUUCACUCAAAAAGCCAUCUCCUCACUUUCUCCUGAUUUUGCCAAUCUCGUUCCCUGAAACUAUCUUAUUAGGGUUUCAGAUUCCCGUUUAGUGACUGUUCGUUGAUUCCUAUAACUUUUCAACGCUUUCUAGAUUCGAAUCAUCCCUUUGGUCGGAAUCAAUGUCUUUUUUGGCUCAUUUGAUGCGAUCCGGUUCGUCGCCCAGCUGAACGUUCUGAUUCAGGCCACAAAUGCGUUAUUAUCUGGGAAUAUCUCAUUGAAUUGCUUUUGAAGGCGGUCCGCUAGUCUCUUCUAAUCGGUUGCUUGAAUGUUUACAGUAGCUUACACAGUGUAAGAUUCGACGGAUUUUGGUUCUUAUGCUCUUCAGUCUUGCUUCUCUUGCCGUAUUCGGUUUACUUCUUCUCCCUCCCCUCUUAACGUGCUAAGGAGAUUAAAUGCACUUCAUGAGAGUCUUAUAGCUUGCAUAAUGAUUACUUUCGCACAAUUCACUCCCGUUUUGUAGCUGUGUAAGUGGUUUGCACAUGUGUAACGGGAGACUGAUCUCAUUUCGUUGCGUUUUCAGUAUUUACUUGGUGAAUUAGUCCAUUUUUAUUUAAAAAUGGUUUUUUCCUCCCUCUGUAGUGUUCAAUUAUCUCUGAGAAUCUUUGGUGUGAUAUAGUAAUUUUCUGUAUAAUGCUAGACAGAUAAUUACACAAGAUUGGCGUUGAAUUGCCAGUUUAGUCGUUUAGAUGGUUUACAGCAGUUGUAUAAGGUCUUUGGUUGUUCAAGUUGGAUCCUUCACCAAUAAAGUGCAAUUCUACAACAUUGUGAGAAGUUUGCAUAAAGUUCCCUCCAUUACUUAUUCGUGGAAUCGUGGAUUUAAGACAAGCAUAGGGAUGAUGGUUAAUACAGGUGCCAUGUCAAAAGCGGGACCCAUUGUUGAUAUGUUGCCAGAGAAAGAUGCUGACGGUGGGUUUGCCAGUGGAGGGUGGAAAAGUGAAGAUGGAAGACUUAGCUGUGGGUAUUCAAGCUUUAGAGGAAAAAGGGUUACCAUGGAGGAUUUCUAUGAUAUCAAGAUAUCCAAUAUUGAUGGUCGAUCCAUAUGCUUGUUCGGAAUAUUUGAUGGUCAUGGUGGUUCCCGUGCUGCUGAGUAUUUGAAGGAGCGUCUCUUCAAUAACCUCAUGAAGCAUCCGAAAUUUUUGACUGAUACCAAAUUGGCUAUAAGUGAAACUUAUCAACAGACUGAUGCUGAUUUUCUGGAUUCUGAGAGGGAUACUUUCCGGGAUGAUGGUUCUACAGCUUCAACUGCAGUUUUGGUUGAUAACCAUCUCUAUGUUGCCAAUGUUGGAGAUUCUAGGACUAUAAUAUCAAAAGCUGGUAAAGCCAUAGCACUCUCUGAGGAUCAUAAACCAAAUAGAUCUGAUGAGCGGAAGAGAAUUGAGAAUGCUGGGGGUGUCAUAAUGUGGGCAGGUACUUGGAGGGUAGGAGGAGUGCUAGCAAUGUCCCGUGCUUUUGGUAACCGUAUGCUGAAGCAGUUUGUUGUGGCAGAACCUGAGAUCCAGGAAGAGGUAAUAGAUGAAGAGCUGGAGUUGCUGGUACUUGCAAGUGAUGGACUAUGGGAUGUAAUGCCGAAUGAUGACGCUGCUUCUCUUGCCCGUGCUGAAGAUGAACCCGAAGCAGCUGCUCGUAGGCUAACUGAAGCCGCCUUUAGUCGGGGCAGUGCAGAUAACAUUACAUGCAUUGUGGUGCGCUUCCAUCAUGAGAAAGCAAACCCAGCUAAUUCUGAGGAAUCAGGUCCAGGAUCCAGCUAGCAUCCAGCACGUCUUAAAGUUAAAUGAUCAACGGGCUUGGCUCUAUGCACAUGCGCUAGUAGCUGCUGGGCAUGCCAACCUGCGAUUUGUUUAUUCGUUACUUUUGUAAUCUUAAGUCACACUCUGCAUAUCUAAUCAUGGUCUCUUGGAAACUGAUUUUCCAGCAUUUGUUCAUAUGUUUUCAAGUCAACGGUUUGUAGAGGCACCGUUUGGUAUUUUUCUCCUGAUUCAAUAAAUGCACCUUGCAUUA